AUGGCUAAACGAAAGAAUGAUGAUAAUGAUAACAAGUCAAAUAAGAAGAGGUUUUAUGGUAGGAAAGGUCCCGCUUUAAUAGAUCCAAAUACUACUGGUUUAUAUGCUACUUGUACAAGAAGAAAAGAAAAACAAUGUAAAGACGAAUUAAUAGGUUUACUUGAAGAGAAAAUACAUGAAUAUUUUGAUAUAGAAGAUGAAAAGGAUAAUGAUGGUGAGGAAGAGAAUAAAGUAUUGUCAAUUGAGGAGAAGAUUCAAUUGGAAUUAAAACAAAUGGAUUCAAAAUCUUCAGAUAGAAAAAACGAUUUAUUACAACCUUAUGAUUUAGGUACUGAAUGUUUAUUAUUCAUAAAGACUAAAAAACCAAUAGAUCCAGAAAUACUAGUUGAAAACAUAAUGAAAGAAACAUAUGAAACAGGUGUUAAAACUACUAGAUAUACUUCUAAAUUAAUUCCGAUUAUGAAUACAUGUUCAUCAAAUGGUGAAAAUCCAUUAGAACAAUUAAAAAUACUAGCUAAGCAAGUAUUGAAAAGACAUUUUCAUAAUGAAAAAAAUCAAAAACCAUUGUCUUUUGCUAUUCAAGUUACAAAACGUAAUUUUCAACAAUUUUCAUCAAAUGAAAUUAUAAAAUCAAUUGCUGAAUGUGUGGGGAAAGAUCAUGGACAUAAAGUAGAUCUAAAAGAUUAUGAUAAGUUGAUAAUUGUUGAAUGUUUUAAGAAUAGUAUUGGUAUGAGUGUGGUGAAUAAUUAUUUAAAAUAUUCAAAAUAUAAUCUUCAACAAAUAUUUGAUAAACAACAUGAGGAGAAUAAGGAUGACUAA